AUGCGUCGCGUUUCCGGGUUUGGGGAUCUCGAGCUUUUGUCCGCGAUACGUCCGCGGACAAGCUCUCCUCCCGCGCUGUUCCCUGUGUCUUCCUUGGCUUUGUCCCUGACGCGUCUGGGUGCCGCUCCCUCAGGUGUGUCCCAGGUAGACCCGGUUGAGCCUGUUGAGGUAGCUGUUGACUCUCGUCCUGCUGCGGGUGCGGAGCCUGGGGGUGCGGAGCCUGAGGGUGCGGAGCCUGGGGGUGCGGAGCCUGGGGGUGCUGAGCCUGGGGGUGCGGAGGCUGCGGGUGCGGAGCCUGGGGGUGCGGAGUCUGGGGGUGCUGAGCCUGGGAGUGCUGAGCCUGGGGGUGCUGCGCCUGGGGGUGCUGAGCCUGGGGGUGCUGAGCCGCGGAGUCCGGAGUCUUGGGGUGCUGCGUCUGGGGGUGCUGAGCCUGGGAGUCCUACACCUGGAGGAGCUCUCUCCUCGGAGCAGCUGCGUGAGUGGUACUCACAGUACUGCAGCCUCCGGAGAGGUGCCUCUGGAGCCAGGAGUACUACUGGGACUGGUGCUGGUGCCUCCCCUCCUCAGCGGGAGCUGCCCUCUCUUGAGCGGAUCCGUGAGUGGUACGAGCGGCGCUGCACUCUCCGGAGUGGCGCGCCUCGUGUCGCGGACCCUGGUGCUGGAGGUGCUGGAGGUGCUGCUGCUGGUGUUGGAGGCUCUACUGGUGCUGUUGGAGCUGCGGACCCUGGCGUUGGAGCUGCUGCUGGUGCUGCGGACCCUGGAGUUGGAGCUGCUGCUAGUCCUGAGGACCCUGGUGCUGGAGCUCCUGCUGGUGCUGCGGACCCUGGAGUUGGAGCCGCUGCUGGUGCUGCGGACCCUGGAGUUGGAGCUGCUGCUGGUGCUGCGGACCCUGACGUUGGAGCUGCUGCUGGUGCUGCGGACCCUGGAGUUGGGGCUACUUCUGGUGCUGAGGACCCUGGAGCUGGCGCUGCUGGAGCUGCUGCGGGUGCUGGUGGUGUCUCUACUGGUUCUGGAGUCGCUGCGCGGCCCCGGCCGUACUUCGUUCCGCUCCUUCAGCAGGUUCUUGGUCAGCCUCCUCCUCCUUGUCCUGCUCCCUCCUUAGAGUGUCCUCCGCCUGUCCAGUCACCGUCACAGUUACCGCCUGCCUCGCCGCUCCCUGGUCCUUCUCCUUACACUGGUCCCACAGGAGGUCUUACGGAGCGUCGUGAGCCUGAGUCUCGUCCUGUGUCGCCUGCGUCUCGCUCUACGUCGCCUGUUCGUGCUGCUCGCACUGGUCGUCGUGUCCCGCGUGAGCGUCCUCCUCCUGUCCCUGGCACUCACUACAUGACUCUGCGUCCCUCCACUGCUCCUCAGCGUGUCCCUCUACCGUCUCCUCCUGCGUCCUCUCUUCCUACUCUUGCUGACCCGGAGUCUGACUCCCUUCGUGCUGCCCGUCCUACUGUCACGUGUCUCCUCGCUACUGUUGUAAACAACAAACAGUUUUAUACCAAGCUAACUCAUUCUACUCCUACCUUGAUCUAG